AAACUAUGCAUCUGUGGACCCCACUGACUUCUUACCAAAAAAUGGUGAUUUUCCUCAGCUUUCUUGCCUGUAUUUUGCCCCGUUUGUCAGCUAAGAGAAAAGGAAGAGGAAAUAAACCACCUGCUUUUUAAAGGUUGUGUAAAUAGCCGGACCUUGGUAGUCUUAGGUAAGAGCUGCUGGUUUAAUCAGUUGCCCAGCAGGCCGGUCAGCAGCGAGUCACUAAUUAAAACAUUUCAGAAAUGCAUUUGGUCUCUUUACUUCAAAUGUAUCAUUAAAGCCCCUAUCCCAACUCCAGGGCUGCUACUGGCUAAUUAAAACCAAUCACAUUCAGAUAAAAGCAGCUGUGGAAACCUGCUGCCUUUCUCCACCUGGGGCCCAACUGCCCACAGAAACCAAAGGCUUUGCUUUCACUGCAGCUCCUGCAGUGUGCGCCCUGAUGGCAGUGCUCUGAGUCCUGCUGCAGCACCAGAAACGUGGGCUCCUUGUGGGCAGGGGCUGCUUUUCUUUCCCUUUCUGCUUAAUGCAAACCUGGAGCAGGUAUUCUGCCACUGAGCCCUGGGUUCUGUGCACACAAGGCGAGGUUGCAGCCCUUGGGUGGUUUUGCAGCCCUGGGAUGCAGUGUGUCUUGCUGCUCUGGGGGCAGCGCUUCCUCCUCUGAUGGCACAAAGCACAGUCAACCCCCACCAUGCUUCCAUAGAGCUCAGCUGUGCAGCCCCGUGCCGUCAGCUCAGAAGCUGUUCCCAUCUCUUGCAGGGCUGCCAAAGGCUUCUCUACCACUGCCUGCUCCAAGUCUGUGGUACAGAGAAAUGCCUCCCGUGUGGGAUUUCCCAGCAGCUCUGGGCACGAGGCCCCAGCACCCCAUGUCACAGCUCACUCAGGGCAGCCCAGGAGGCUGGAGCCAUGCGGGCUGAGGCCACCUGUGCUGAAGCCAGGCAGAAAAGUUCUGCUUUUUCUUUAGUUUGUUGCUUUGUUUCGUUUUGCAGGGCCGUACUCUGCCCAAUUCGCUCCUUUGUCCUCUGCCUGCUUUGGGACAGCCUCCCCUUAAACUCACCAUGGCUGAGUCCCUUUCAGAUGCCCCUUCCUAUGUCUUCUUAACUUCCUCACCAGAAACGCUGCUUUAUUCUGUUAUAAAAAAUAAAGUUAACAGGGGAAGCCUUCAGAAAAAAAGAAAAAGAAGCCCAGUGUUCCUGGAUGCAGAAAAAGAACAAUGAGUUAGAACAGAAAGGCUGCUCCUUUUUAUGUUUAAUUGCAAUGCGUGGGGUGGGGCAGAUCUUGGAGACAAAAGAAAGCGUGUGGCUCUUCAAAAGUAAGAAGAAAAGGAGUCCUGCUGGUUACCUUUGGGGUCUGGUUGCAUCACCUGAGCCCCCCAGCACUGGGGGGGUGGUGGGCAGGAGCCCCAGCCCUGGGCCGGGUCCCCGCAGCCGUGCGGCGCAGCUUUGUUUACAGCCUAUCUGUGGUUGAAUUACACCACAUACAGUAAUUCUCCUCGCACUGCCAGUAAUUUCACUGACUUACCAAGCAGGCAUCAUUUCCUGAAAGUCAGCCCUCGUACUUAGAGGAAGUAAGAGCACUCUCCUUCAUGACUAAACACUAUAUGCAAAUCUCGCCAGGCUCAGGACAGGCGCGCUGCAUGGCUGUCCUUUUUUUGCUCCAUUUUCACUCCUUUCUUCUGCAUGUCCAAAAAAAGCCUUGGUGAGCUCUCUUGCUGCUGUUGCUGUCAUGAAUGAAGAUCUUUCUCCAGUAUACAUUGAGAAGUUCACCUUCCUGCCUGGUCUGCAUCCUGCUCUGCUCUCAGCAAACUGAAUGCUGCUUUAAAAUGUCCCAAAUGCAGUUCUGGCUGAAGUUCCCGUCUCUCUUCAAGGACUCUUCAUACCUCGAUGAGCUCUCCAACAAUAACUCUCUCUUCUCAUCUCCUGCGGAUUCCCUCUCUGACAUCGUGGAUGCAAAGGACUGCUUGCCUGCUGACAGCCUGAACCACGUGCCAACCAUAUGGGAUGUAAACACGUCACAGCAGAACCAAACAGAGCUGUUCUCAGCCAGCAGAUCAUUCAGUGGCUUAAACAGUUCGGACGACCGCAUUCCUGCUGUCCCCAACACCCCCCUCCUCAUAAGCUACCAGUCUCAAGUUCCUGCAGAAGAGGAGGAUGAAGGUGAUGAGGAAGAAACAGAAGAGUUGGGGCAAACAGAAACCUAUGCAGAAUACGUACCUUCAAAGUCCAAGAUUGGGAAGCACCACCCUGACCUUGUGGUUGAAACAAGCACCCUGUCCAGCGUUCCCCCACCCAACAUCACCUACAGCCUUUCUCUGCCAAGCUCCGUUGCUGACAAAGGGUCACUCUCUGCACUACAGCUGGAAGCAAUCAUUUAUGCCUGCCAGCAACAUGAAGUUUUAUUGCCCAAUGGGCAGCGAGCUGGCUUCCUCAUUGGGGACGGCGCCGGAGUUGGAAAGGGCAGGACAGUUGCAGGCAUCAUCUUUGAAAAUUAUCUUAAAGGGAGGAAAAAAGCUCUUUGGUUCAGCGUCUCCAAUGAUCUCAAGUACGAUGCUGAGAGAGACCUGAAGGACAUUGAAGCCUCCCACAUUCCUGUGCAUGCUUUGAAUAAGAUUAGAUAUGGAGACACAGCUACCUCAGAAGGAGUCCUCUUUGCCACUUACUCUGCUCUCAUUGGUGAGAGCCAGGCAGGCGGGCAGCAUAGGACGCGCUUAAAACAAAUUCUGGAUUGGUGCAGGGAAAACUUUGAUGGAGUUAUUGUAUUUGAUGAAUGCCACAAAGCCAAAAAUGCCAGCUCUACUAAAAUGGGCAAAGCAGUGUUGGACCUUCAGAACAAACUGCCUCAAGCGAGGGUUGUUUACGCCAGUGCCACAGGUGCCUCUGAGCCAAAAAACAUGAUCUAUAUGAGCCGCCUGGGAAUCUGGGGGGAAGGCACCCCAUUCCAUGCAUUUGAUGAGUUCCUGCACGCAAUUGAGAAGAGGGGAGUUGGUGCAAUGGAGAUCGUGGCAAUGGACAUGAAGGUCAGCGGAAUGUACAUUGCCAGGCAGCUCAGCUUCACUGGAGUGACCUUCAGGAUUGAGGAGAUCCCUCUGGAUCAGCAGUACAAGAUUGUCUAUGACAAAGCAGCAAAGUUGUGGGCAGAGGCCUUGAUGGUGUUCCAGCAGGCAGCUGACCUGAUCGGCUUGGAGUCUCGGAAAUCCCUGUGGGGUCAGUUCUGGUCAGCUCACCAACGCUUCUUCAAGUAUCUCUGCAUUGCUGCUAAAGUCCGGCGCCUCGUUGAGCUUGCCAAGGAGGAGCUGGCAAAGGACAAGUGCAUCGUCAUCGGCCUGCAGUCCACGGGGGAGGCUCGCACCCGAGAAGUCCUGGAUGAGAAUGAUGGGCACCUCAAUUGUUUUGUUUCUGCUGCAGAAGGCGUCUUUCUAUCACUAAUUCAGAAGCACUUUCCUUCAACCAAAAGAAAGAGAGAAAAAGGAACUGGCAUUAAAAGAAAACGCAAGCAGAGGGGCCGCUGCGCCAAGGCUCUGAAGGGCAUCUGUGACCCCGUGGGGGUGAUCAAGAUCAGCGAUGACAGCAGCACCGACUCUGACAUGGGGCUCGACAGUGACUUCAACUCCUCCCCAGAGUCUGUGCUUGAGACCGACGAUGUCAUCUUCAUUGAGCACGCCUUCAAUGGCUUUGUGACCGAGAGCAGAAGUAAUUUUCACAUGCUGCCUUCACAUAAAGAGAUGCAUGGCCUGAGAGAACUGGAGCAUGUGGAAAAGAUGAAGCAGGACCUACUAGCAAAAGUAAAAGCACUGGGCAAAGAGCUACCUCUCAAUACCUUGGAUGAACUGAUCAAUCACUUUGGGGGACCGGAGCACGUGGCUGAGAUGACUGGGCGAAAGGGCCGGGUAGUUUGCAGGCCAGAUGGCUCUGUCAUGUUUGAGUCUCGUGCAGAGCAAGGCCUCUCUAUUGACCACGUCAACCUGAAGGAGAAGGAGCGUUUUAUGAGUGGGGAGAAGCUUGUAGCAAUAAUCUCGGAGGCCUCCAGCUCAGGAAUCUCUCUCCAAGCAGACAGACGGGUGAAAAACCAGAAGCGCCGGGUCCACAUGACACUGGAGCUGCCCUGGAGUGCAGACCGCGCCAUUCAGCAGUUCGGUCGGACGCAUCGAUCAAACCAAGUUUCUGCUCCAGAGUAUGUCUUCCUUAUCUCUGAGCUUGCUGGAGAGAGGAGGUUUGCCUCCAUCGUGGCAAAACGUCUGGAGAGCCUAGGUGCCUUAACUCACGGAGACCGGAGGGCCACUGAAUCCCGAGACCUCAGCAAGUACAACUUUGAGAAUAAGUAUGGGGCUAAAGCACUAGACAGAGUUCUCUCCACCAUCCUCAACUACACGGAGAACAGAGUUCCUGUGCCCAAGAGCUAUGAGAGAGGAGAGGCUGCGUUUUUCCAGGAAAUGAAGCAAGGUCUUAUCUCUGUGGGGAUCUGCUGCAAUCAGUUGAAGUAUGGCACUGUCUCAGUAGAGAAAGACUGCUCCAUCACCAAGUUCCUCAACCGGAUCCUGGGCCUGGAGGUGGACAAGCAGAACAUGCUGUUCCAGUAUUUCUCUGAUACCUUUGACUAUCUGAUUGAAAAGGACAAGAAGGAGGGCAAAUAUGACAUGGGCAUCCUAGAUUUAGCUCCAGGAAUUGAUGAGAUCUACGAGGAAAGCAAGGAGGUCUUUCUGACCCCUGGGCACCCGCAGGAUGGGCAGGUUGUGUUUUAUAAGAUCAGUGUUGACAGAGGACUGAAGUGGGAGGAAGCUUAUGAGAAGUCACUGAAACUGACGGGAUCUUAUGAUGGGUUCUACCUCUCCUACAAGACACGAGGCAACAAAUACACCUGUCUGCUGGCAGAGCAGGGCCGUGGCAAGAACUUCAUCCUCUACAAGCCAAAUAUUGGGAAGCAGAGCCAGCCUGAGAGCUUGGACAGUCUGCACAAGAAGUACCGGCAGGUGACACCGGAUGAAGCCAAGGAGCACUGGGAGAGCUGUUAUCAUUUCUCCUUGAAGAAGUGCAACCAUGCUGUCUGGAACAGGAGCUGCAAGCUGAUCCAGGAGGGGAAAGAAUGUUUCCAGGGCAUGCGCCUGCGUCACUACUACAUGCUGUGCGGAGCCCUGCUGAGGGUGUGGAGCAGGAUUGCCAGCAUCAUGGCAGACAUCACUAACACCAGCUACCUGCAGAUCGUCCGCCUCAAGACCAAGGAGAAGAAGAAACAAGUCGGGAUAAAGAUCCCCGAGAGCUGCGUUCGGAAGGUGCUGGAGGAGCUGAAGCAGAUGGAUGAGAACGUGAAGCGGAAGCACAACCGACUCCUCCAGGCACAAGAGCAGAGCCUGCAGUUCUCCCUCCCCCUGCACGGGAGGCAGCAGCCCUUGGACCUCACGCACGCAGCGCCUGGGCUCUCCUUACCACAACACUCCCUGCGCCAGGACGAGAUCCUGGACCUGACCUACAGCCCUCCCAGCGACAGCAUUCCUGACGUGAUGAACCCGGAGCCCAGCCCUCUGUGCUUCCCCCCGGAGCCUGUGCUCCAGCCCCACCAGCAGCACGGAUCUCCCUUUGGCUUCGGCCACCUUUCUGCCUUCAAAAGCCCGGACACCAUCCUGGAGGGCAGCGUGCCUCUGAGCUCUUCCCUGCAAGAACAUCAGCCCCUGCCUCACCCUGAGCCCUCACAGACUCUGCAGCAGCAAGAAGAUUUUGUUCAACAGGAUGGAAAUAUCAAUUUCAGAGAGAUCCUGGAGGACAUGCUGAGGACGUUCAAUGGGGCCCCUCAAGAGAACAUUCUCCCCCAGGAGCGCCAGAGCGUGAUCCAGUUCAGUGGGCUUUUCCCAAACUUCUGAGAGCCUCUGGGUGCACCGGGUGACUCUCAGCCACUGCAAAUCCAUAUCCUUUGGUGCAGAGAUGAGGGCUAGGGAGCCCUGGCUUUUCUACUGGUUUGGACUGAUCCGUUUCUUUUAUUGAGGGAAGAAGAAAAAAAAAAAAUUAUAGUUCCUUAAAGCAAAGUUUAUUUAUAUAUAAUAUACAGUCAGGCAUGUAUAGAUUUGUAUAUAACGUGCUUGGGGGUUCAGCUGAUCUGGACUGAUGGUCUCUGCUGUGUUCAAGUCCUGCUCACGGGUCAGUGCUGUGUGAGACCAAGGAGAGACACCCAUCCCCUGCAGACUACUGAGUUUCCAAGCCAAGUCGUGCCUCUCUCAGCCCAGAGCACUGCAGCUGCAGCCCCUGAAGCUGCCUCAGCUUUGCAGCAGUUGCAGGAACUGACUGCACCAGCACCUAAUUAGCCGGGAUCGUGGCAGAGCUGCUGAGUUUGGCACAGCUCAGCCAGGCUGGGACCACGCAGGGAUUGCCUGGAGCCUGGGGGCCGUGAGUCCCACUGACCUCUCCUGAGCCUGCAGGGCUGCUGCAGCUGGCCGUGCUUUGCCCACAUUUUGCUAUCAUGUGCUUUUUGUCCUGGCCUUCUCCCCAGCCCUGUGCUGCUGGGCUUCUUGGCUGGGACAGGGACGGUCCGGCUGUGUCACCCAGCACUGCUCUCAGCCCCGGGUCCCUGGCGAGCACAGGGAUGUGCAGUAUUGCUGCUCAUGCUGCAUAUCCAACCUCCAAUACCAAAGAGCAAACGUCUGCUUUGCACUGCACUGCCCCACAUCCCCACCUGCCCCAGCAGCAAGGUGGGCAGCUGCCCCCCAGCACAGAGGGCACCGCUGCCAGCCCUGCUCCACACCUCACACCUCGGCAGGUCCCGGGGACUCAGCUUUUGUUUUCUCUGCUUAACCUGAGGAGUGUGGCAGGGAACUGGCAGCGUUGCCCUGGGGCAGCUGCUCUGCAUCCUCCCCUCUGCGUCUGUUCUCUGCAUUCAGUCACCUGGGCGUCCCUGGAAGCAGCACCGGGAUGCUUUCAGGGGAAGGAUGUGAGCCCCUCCCCAGCUGGCCCAGCUCUCAGCGAGGACCCCUGCCCAGAAGGUCUGUCUUGAGGGGCUGCAGCUCUACAUUAGCUCCUGAGCCCCUCCAGGCACAGAAGCCCCAGCUUUGGGACGCGCCAUGGGUUGCUGCAACCCCAGAGACUGAGGGCUGCCUGCCCCACUGCGCUGAGAGCAGGGGCAGCUGUGGGCUCUCUGCCCCCCCCCAGCCUCACUGCUUGCCCCUGUCCAAGGAACCCUCCUUACCUCACAGCCCACACCAAAGAUGGGAGCUCCUGCCCCCAGGCUCCCAGCAGGGCAGGGCUCUCCUCUUCCCCUCCUAUUGCAAGUAUUUCCCCGCUCACAACACUCACUUUCACUCACUUGGCACUUGCUGAACUCUCAGCAACCAGGGAAAAGGGUACCAAGAAAACCCAUUUCAGAGAGACUCAAACUCAGGAAUCACGAGGUAUUCCCACCUGGUGCCCUUUGCCCACCCCUGUGCCACGUUAGCAGAGUCCCACGUGGCAGCUUUGACACACGAUGUUCAAAUAUAUGCAAUUAUCCCUCCCCCAGCUCUGGAAGACAGAGAGCACCUUCAAGGAAACCCCUCCCUGCCCUGAUCCUGUGUUUUUGUCAGGGUUAAUAAUAUGUAACGAUAUCUUUUAACUAAAUUAUUACGCCGUUGUCCUACUGAUUGUAUGUAUUUUUAAAUGAGUCCCUCUUUUUCUUCCCUUACACCUUUUUUGUUAGCACUUUUUAAUCUGCUUGUCGUUGGCCUUUGUUUUUUUUCUAUGUGUAUUUAUAAUUAAUUGAGAUGUAUAUAUGUAAAGAGAUUUGUUUUUUUUUUUUUUAGAACAUGUGCCUUGGACUAAUAAUUCCUGAAUUUUCUACUUGCCUCAGAAGGAUCAUUUUUCAAUCUGCUCAGUAAAAAGGAGCCACACGUGAGGUCUCUGUAAGUCCCACCUCUGUCUGUUCAGCCUUCCCCAGGCUCGCACCAGGCCUGGGGUCAACGUCCCAGCUGCUCCCCACACACCCCAUGGCACUGGGCCACCGCUGGGAGGAUCCUGCCUACACUGU